CGGAGACAAAGUGCCUGUGGACAAAUGAUUCAACAAACCAACACCGCCGAGUCCUCGCCAUCACCAAUACCGCUACACCGCGCAUCGCGUUACCGCCAACCAACCUUGACCUCCCCGAUACCAAGCUCGAACUCGACGAGAUAAUAAACACGGUCAUGGCCGAAGUAGAAACGAGGCCCGACACGGCCGUCGCAGCUAUUGACGAUAUGCAAGAUGCGCAAGACAGCGCGCAGGAACUCGCGCUCACCACAACCAACAACGAGGUGGCCGCCCCAACAGAAAAGAAAGUGAAGAAGAUUAUCCGGCGGAAGAAGCGCCCAGCGCGACCACAGAUUGACCCAGCUCUGAUCAAGUCGGAACCACCGCCGCAGACGGGCACGGUUUUCAACAUCUGGUAUAACAAGUGGUCAGGCGGCGACCGGGAAGACAAGUAUCUAUCGCAGACGCAUGCUAAGGGGAGAUGCAAUGUUGCCCAGGACUCAGGGUACACGCGCGCCGAUGCGCGGCCCGGGUCGUAUUUCUGUCUUUUCUUUGCCAGGGGAAUAUGUCCCAAGGGCCAGGAUUGCGACUACCUCCACCGACUGCCCGGCAUCCACGACAUCUUCAAUCCAAACGUCGACUGUUUUGGCCGUGACAAGUUCAGCGACUACCGCGACGACAUGGGCGGCGUCGGCAGCUUCACCCGCCAGAAUCGCACUGUAUACAUUGGCCGGAUCCAUGUGACUGACGAUAUCGAGGAGAUCGUGGCACGGCAUCUUGCGGAAUGGGGACAGAUUGAGCGCGUCCGAGUGCUCAAUACUAGGGGUGUGGCAUUUGUGACAUACACGAACGAGGCGAAUGCGCAGUUUGCAAAGGAAGCGAUGGCCCAUCAGUCUCUCGAUCAUGAGGAGGUCUUGAACGUCCGGUGGGCGACAGCUGACCCGAACCCGAUGGCGCAGAAACGCGAGGCUAGGCGGAUCGAGGAGCAAGCGGCCGAGGCUAUCCGGAAGGCUUUACCGGCGGAAUUCGUUGCAGAGAUCGAGGGCAAGGAUCCAGAGGCACGCAAACGGCGGAAGCUGGAGAGCAGCUACGGCCUGGAGGGAUACGAAGCGCCAGACGAGGUGCACUUUGCGCGGGGGCCCAAUGCCGUCAACCCGCGUGGUCGGGAAGGAUACGAACUGGAGCACGAGCAACGCUUGAUGCUGGAGGCUGCCGAGGCUCAAAUGGAGCAGGGGCAGCCCCAGGAGCAAAGCGAACCACAGGCUGGAGGCAUUCUCUCGGGCAGCACGCUGGCCGCCUUGCACGCGGCACAAGUGUCGGUCGCGUCAAAACCAAAGGCAGCUGCCUCGUCGGGGCCCUUGGUAGCCUACGACAGCGACGACGACAGCGAUUAGCGGAUGGCAAACGUAUGUACUUUAUAGCUAUGUACAACAAUGAUACCAGGAAACCCACCACCACCAGACCAACCAA